GAGUGACAUCAUGAUCUCCAAACUACACUUGGUGGAUCUUACUGGAUCUGAGAGACAGAAAAAACUAAAUCAGAGGGCGAUCGCCUAAAGGAGGGGAUCAGCAUUAAUCGUGGACUGCUGUGUCUUGGAAACGUGAUCAGCGCGCUUGGUGAUGAAAGCAAGAAGGGAACUUUCGUAUCAUACAGAGACUCUAAGCUGACGCGUCUUCUCCAGGACUCUCUCGGAGGAAACAGUCACACGUUAAUGAUUGCGCGCGUCAGCCCAGCGGACUCCAACAUUGAGGAAACGAUCAAUACGUUGCGAUACGCUGAUCGUGCCCGUGAAAUCAAAAAUAAACCCAUUUUGAAUGUUGAUCCACGUGCAGCGGAAAUGAAGCGACUCAAACAGCAGGUUCAAGAUCCCCAAGGAGGCAAGAUGGCGCCGUUGUGGUUGGCAUGCCGUCUAUCGCACUACACUAGAGAUGGGUAUAAACGGAGGUCGGAGCCAGCUGCAAAUGGAAAACAAAGAAGAAAACCGCGUUCACAUGUCAGCGUGCAGUUGAAAAGAAGGGAUUAUGGAUUCUGAAGACCAUAAUAAGGUUCACUUAUCAGUGAAAGAUGUGCAGGACACUCUUGAGGCAUACCAGUGCACAAAAUUUCACUGUCCGCUUUGUCCUAAGGACAAUAUAAAAUUUGAUGAGAACUUCCAGGCAACAGGCCACCUUCAGUCCCAUUUAUCUUGGUUGGUAGUACAUGGGUGUUUCAAAAUCUAUAAAUGCCACCUCUUGUGUCGCAAAACAUAAAAAGGGAGUUUUCAGUAUGCCAGUGAGUGAGGUACCUGAUCAAACCGAGUAUACUGGGGAAGUUAAUCUGAGAGACUUCUGGGAGUCUCUGUCUUUGAAUAUUAUUUCCCUUGAGUUUGUAAAGGUUGGGGAGGAGAAUCCAUUUGUUGUCAAGCCGACCUUUGGUUUUUGGGCACCGUGGAUUGGACCAGAAACUCGAAAAUCUGAUGUGGUUUUAAACGCAGAGUGGGAAAAAAGUACACCGCCCAGCAAAAACAAAAGAGCAGACAGAGCUAGACAUCACUGAAGACAGACUUCUCGAGGAAGUCAUGAAAAUGAAGGUUGAUGAUGUCAAGAAACUGUGCAAAGCUUGUGGGGUGGAUCCCUGUGGUUUAAAAACAGACCUUAUCCUCAGGCUUCAUAAUGAGAUUAGGAGGAUCAGCAUUAAUCGUGUACUGCUGUGUCUUGGAAACGUGAUCAGCGCGCUUGGUGAUGAAAGCAAGAAGGGAACUUUCGUACCGUACAGAGACUCUAAGCUGACGCGUCUUCUCCAGGACUCUCUCGGAGGAAACAGUCACACGUUAAUGAUUGCGUGCAUCAGCCCAGCGGACUUCAACAUUGAGGAAACGAUCAAUACGUUGCGAUACGCUGAUCGUGCCCGUGAAAUCAAAAAUAAACCCAUUUUAAAUGUUGACCCACGUGCAGCGGAAAUUAAGCGACUAAAAAACAGCAGGUUCAAGAUCCUCAAGGAGGCAAGAUGGCGCCGUUGUGGUUGGCAUGCCGUCUAUCGCUCAGCAUAGUCCUGAGUUUGUUUGUUCUAAGCUCAUUUAUGAAGUGUUUAACACAGUGUGCUUUACCAGUUUUAACAUAUGACCGAUGUACUCUUUUAAAGUUGGAAGAAAUUUCUUAUAAACAACUCAUCAGUUUUCAUGGUGCUCCACCUCCCUUUCUGAAGUCAAUUCCGGAUUGUAUUCGCCGCUGGCCUUGCACCCUGCAGGGCAGAAAGUGAAAGAGACAACGUGGACGACGGGGUGGCUUAGCUGUUAAGCUAAAAUGCUACAUGCGAUUCCACCGGGAGUCCCGUUCUUCCCCGGGGAGCUUUAUAAAGGACUUCGGGAAAUGCUACCCGCGCUGGCGUUCCCCGGAGCCAGUGCAUGGUUGGAUUGUUCCCGUGUUUCCCACCUCCAGGAGUUUCCCAGCUCCUGGUUCUUUGCGCGUCUCGCCCCACGUGGGGAGGAGUGUGUCCGGGGAACCUUCGGCUGCUGCCUCGGGCGAAACAACCUGCGGCCUCUCCUGAACUUCCAGCGCUGCUCAGAAUGGCUUUGAUUAACGCCACGUCGGUAGUAAACAAGACUUUCAUUAUAAAUGACUUUUUCUCUGCUCGCCACCUAGACCUUCUCUUUUUGACUGAAACAUGGAUUACUCCGGGGGAUAUUAGCGCUUUUUCUGAAAUGGUUCCGUCAAACUCUCUGUUUUUAAAUUCACCGCGUACAACGGGGCGAGGUGGUGGCCUGGCCUCUAAAGACAUUUUUUCCUGCCGUCCCGUAGUUUCAAAGGAAUACCAAAGCUUUGAGCUACAGUUGUUUACUCUGGAGCUAUGCGACCCUGUUGUGUUUGCACUGAUUUAUCGUCCCCCAAAACCUAAUUUGAAUUUUCUGAAGGAUUUUGCUGAUUUUUGGGAGAUUUCAUUGCAAAAUAUGACAAACUAAUGAUUGUUGGGGACUUUAAUGUUCAUGUCUGCUGUGCAGCAGAUUCCUUAGCAAAGGAUUUUAUCAAUCUGCUAAAUGCAUUUGAUCUGACGCUUCAGAUCAAUGUACCCACUCAUCAGCAUGGCCAUACACUGGAUUUAGUGCUUACUUACGGCUGCUCUCUGAAUGAACUAGAGGUGUGUGAAAAUAGUUUCUCCGACCACAAGACUAUUAUGUUUACGUUUCCAUCUUUUAACAAAACUGUUACGCUGUUGUAUCCGGCUCGCCAGUCUCGGCUUAUCACAUCAGCUACCAGAGAAGCUUUUCGCUCAGCCUUUAGUGAAGGUUUGCUACAAAGUGACGUUCCAAACACCGAUUCAAGUGCUGAAGAACUACUUCACAUGCUCUAGACCAAGUGGCACCUUUAAAGACUCAUCGCCAUAAACCGUAAUCUGAGCCUUGGCUUAAUGACACAACUCGCACUUUUAGGCGUAUUUGCAGAAGAUUUGAACAAAAAUGGAGGAAGGACAGACUUCAGGUUUCAAUGCAAAUGUUCAGAGACUCACUAACUCAAUAUCAGAAAGCAGUGAAAACGGCAAGAUCAAUUUAUUUCACUGACAUUAUAAACAAGAACUGUCAUAAACCGAAAACCUUGUUUAAUGUUAUAAAUUCCACCAUCAACCCCUCCACUGGUCCUGAUAUAGAAGUGUCAUUAGUUUCCUGUGAAGACUUCCUCUGUUUCUUUGUACAAAAGACACAUGAUCUAAGAAUGGGGCUAAACCCAGUUUCAUCUGACCCUUCAACUCG